AUGCCCCCGGGCAGCCUGCACGCGGCGACCGUCCUCCUGCUGCUGAUCUUAAAGGAGCAGCCUUCCAGCCCAGCCCCGCUGAACGGAUCCAAGUGGACCUAUUUUGGUCCUGAUGGAGAGAAGAACUGGUCCAAGAAGUACCCGUCCUGUGGAGGCCUGCUGCAGUCCCCGAUAGACCUGCACGGCGACAUCCUCCAGUACGAUGCUAGCCUCACACCCCUGGAGUUCCAAGGCUACAAUGUGUCUGCCAACCAGCAGUUUCUCCUGACCAACAAUGGCCACUCAGUGAAGCUGAACCUGGCCCCGGAUAUGCACAUCCAGGGCCUCCCAUCCCGCUACAGUGCCACGCAGCUACACCUGCACUGGGGGGACCAGAAUGACCCCUACGGCUCCGAACACACUGUCAGCGGGAAGCACUUCGCCGCCGAGCUGCACAUCGUCCAUUACAACUCAGACCUGUAUCCUAACGCCAGCGCCGCCAGCAACAAGUCAGAAGGCCUCGCUGUGCUCGCGGUGCUCAUUGAGAUGGGCUCCUUCAAUCCAUCCUAUGACAAGAUCUUCAGUCACCUUCAACACGUAAAGUACAAAGGCCAAGAAGUGCUCAUCCCAGGCUUCAACAUUGAAGAACUGCUUCCCGAGAGGCCCGCCGAGUACUACCGCUACAGGGGGUCCCUGACCACACCUCCUUGCAACCCCACCGUGAUCUGGACGGUUUUCCGCAACCCUGUGCACAUUUCCCAGGAGCAGCUGCUGGCUCUGGAGACAGCUCUGUACUGCACACACAUGGAUGACCCUGCCCCCAGAGAAAUGGUCAAGAACUUCCGGCAGGUGCAGAAGUUCGACGAGAGGUUGGUGUACAUCUCCUUCCAACAAGUGCAAAUACUUCCUGACACAGGACUGAGUCUGGGCAUCAUCCUCUCGGUGGCCCUGGCUGGUGUUCUUGGUAUCUGUGUUAUCCUGGCAGUGUCCAUUUGGCUUUUCAGAAGGAAGAAGAGCAAAAAAGGUGACAACAACAAGGGAGUCAUUUACAAACCAGCCGUUAAGAAGGAGACUGAGGACCACGCCUGAGGUCCCUGGAACUCCCAGGCAUGUCCAGGGAAGGACCUUGCUUUGGACACUACAUACUUUGGCUCUCUGGACACUUGAAACAUCUCAAGGUGUUCUCUGGAGCUCAACGUGCAAACACUCCAGACCCUCAGGGAUCCUGCAGCUGGGUGCCCCCUUGCCCCGGGACCAUGGCCACCCCCAGUGCAACCCACGGAUGAGAUGAGCUCUCAGACCAAGUGCUAUGUCUGUGUGAGAUUGUUCAGUGGUCUGGAUUCUGGGAUCACAAACCAAGCCACCUGCUG